AUGGCGGGUGGCAGCACUAUCCUCGAGCUGAAGCACCAUGUCCUGAACGGCCGCCUGGCACAGGCGAAGAAAUUGAUAGCAGCCUCGCAGAUUUCACUGGAGGAUGUGGCCGACGAGGAUGGAAACACGCCACUUCAUUGGUUGGCCGCGCUCCAAGCGACACCAGAAGCCACGGACCAGGAGAUGUUGACCUUCCUCCUUCAGAACGGUGCCCCAAAGAAUCGCCAGAACUCACUCGGUGAGACACCGCUGAUGUCGGCAGUCCGGAACUUCUUGCUGGACGAGAAGCGCGCGCAGGUUUUGAUCGAGGAUCUCCUCACGAAGGCGCAUGUCGAUCCCAGUCGUUCUGACCUGGUCGGCGAGACACCCCUCAUGGAGGCAGCC